UAUGCAGUUGAAGCGCUUUGAGUAGUCAGAAAGAUAAGUACAGUCCAUUUAACUGCCGUUAGCUAGUUAGCUCAGUUAGCCAUGCAGCUAACUUAGCAGUCCUAUUAGCUGACUGGGCACCAGACCCGGAGCCGGGCGAGAAGGCAACGGAACCGGGGUCAGCAGCCUCCCCGUGAACACGGCCAGACCGGGACCGAACACGGCCUCUGGGACCGUCGGAGGCCAGUUUGACGACAGAGAAUAUAGUACAGAGGUGAUUUACAGCGGCUCCGACGAGGAUUCUGACUCCAGGGACGACGGAGACACCGCAGGUUCAGGCGGGGACACCAGAGACGUCAAGCGAGAGAGGAGCGAGAGGGAGGUCGGGCAUCAGAGAGGCAGCCACAGCCUGUAGAGCCGGAAUUUUUUUCACAUCUAACUCGGUGGAUUAAGGAUUUAUUUAGUCCAAACCAGAGUUGGUGAUUGUUGGAACAGUGGAAAGAUUAACCAAGACGAGUUUGUUGUUGUUCGACUCAGAUAGCGUUCAGACAGAGACUUGGAUGAAGAUGAUGCUGAUGAAAAUGUCACUGUGGCUUCUGCUGCUUGGCCUUGCUGUGACCUACACUGCUGCUGGACCAGGCAGCUGUGUGGGGCGCUGUGGGGAGCGUUUCACCAGAGGCCAGCAGUGUACCUGUGACCUCAGCUGCCUGCAGCAUAAUGAGUGCUGCCAAGACUUUCAUGCUAUUUGCACCACUGCUCCUUCCUGUCAGGGUCGCUGUGGCGAGGCAUUCAGGCGCGGUCGGCUAUGUGAGUGCGAUCCACAGUGCAUCCAAUACAACACCUGUUGUCAUGACUACCAGCUACACUGCGACGCCGGUGUGUCAGUUUCACAGCCCAGGACUUUCCAGCCUCUGAGGGCAGCAGCUUCAGAAAAUGGGAAAUCAGAGAGGAACAGGAAAAGGUCUAACAGUGACAGCGAGGAAUGGUACACAGCAAGGGGUCCCUGCUCACAGUACCCUGGAGCUCAGUGUCCAGAUGCAUUAGACCUCCUCAACCCACUCACUGCCAGCUCGUCUGGCCCCGGCCCCGCAGCUGCGCCAACCAAUCUACUACAACGUGGUGUGAGUAACAUCCCUGACAGUCUGCUUCCAAUGUCCAGCGCUUCCUCUCAUGGUGGAGCUCCAGACUCACCAGUACCUGGCUCCUCUCUGCCCCGCAACAGUGCUCCGUCUCUGGGCAGCAGUGCUCCUGUCAGUCCCUCUGGUCCAGGAGCUGUUGGUGGUAAAGUGAAUGUCCACCUGGUGCUGUCACCUGGGGGAGUGGCUCCAUCUGGGCCAAGUCAAGGACUCUUUGCUGAUGUCGACCUAUGCAGUGAUUCUCCCAUCAAUGGACUGACAGCUCUCAGCAAUGGGACCAUACUCAUAUUUAAAGGUGAGCUGUUCUGGUCAGUGGACCCUGUCAGUCGCUCAGUUGGUCGUCCACAGAGCAUCACAGACACCCUGGGUGUCUCGUCUCCCAUCGAUACUGUCUUCACGCGCUGCAACUGCCACGGAAACACCUACAUUAUCAAGGGAGACCAGUACUGGCGUCUAGAUGGGAACAUGGUGAUGGAGCCGGGCUACCCCAAACCUCUGGCCUCUGAGUUCCCAGGUCUGACAGGAAGCAUCAGUGCUGCACUGGCAGUGCCAGACACCAGGAGCAGACCAGAGACUGUGUACUUCUUUAAAAAUGGAGACAUCAUGCAGAGGUUCACCUUCCCACCAGGCAACACUCCCUCCUGCAGCAAGAAACCAAGGAGCUCCGGGAAGAGACAUUUUGCUCGCCAGGCUGAAGUUCUUUUAAGUGGAGAGAUCAACCUCAAAGUGUCUCUGACGGGAUUCCCUACCCCGGUCACCUCUGCUCUGUCCAUGCCCAGCCCCCAGAGGAGUGACCGAUACGAGCACUACGUCUUCUCUGGACCUCUCUUCUUCAGCGUCCAGAUUUCAGGUGACCUGCCAGCACUGGCCAAUCCUGGCCCAUCUGCAGCCCUAGCACCCCUGCCCAUCCUCAGCCCUGCUGCCGCGGCAAUCAACUCUGCCAACAUGGCAGCUCAGAAUGCUAACCCUCCCCACCCAGCCAACUCCAUCAGAGUUUGGCUGCGCUGUCCCUAGGAACAUCCUGAAACGGAGACAGAGGUCAUGUUCUAGUAUUGUCUGUUUCUCAUUAGUAAAUACGUCUACUGAACAAAAAGUAGACAAUUUACUAUUUUUUCUAAUACAUUCAUUUCAUCAUUUUUAAUCCCCAGAAGGGGGAGAAAUUUUGACAGCCUCAGCCUUCUAUAAAGCCUUAAUCCUACUGCUAGACACAUUUUCAAAAUAAAUGAAUUUGAGGUAAAUUAAUAAAACUCAAGAUGACUAAAAAGUCAGGUCUAAAAAGUGUCAUCCAUUAUUAUUUCUAGGGCUGUAAUUAAUAAUUAUUUUCAUUAUCGAUUACCCAAUUCCCAAAGCCCAAAUUGACAUCUUCAGAUUUUUUUCUUUCCCCCCAAAGAUCGUCAGUUUACACGAUAAAACUGAGAAAAGCAGCAAACCCUCACAUUUAAGAAGCUAAAACCAGAAAAUGCAUAGUAUUUUCUUCUUGAUUAAUGACUUAAAAAAUAAAUCCCUUAUCAAAAAUUGUCGCUGCAUAAUUUUCUAUCAAUCAACUAAUCAGUUAAUUGACUGAUUGUUUCAGCACUAAUUGUGUACCACUCCUACAUCUGGUUUCACUUUUCAUUAUGUCAAAAUAUGGAAGCA